AUGGAAACCAUGGACUCAGAUGAUGAUUGGGACGCCGACGGGCCACGCGACUUGAUCCACAUCCCUCUUGAACCUCACCAGGGGCGGACAGUACUUCCAAGUCCCAUUGCAAAGGCUGUCAGUCUCGCCACCCGGUCAACCUGCUUGGCUAUCCGCGUCGGCACCCUCAUCAGCUCCUAUGGCUUCGAUGCUGCCAAGUUCACCACCCUCUCCAGUCUGGAGCUGGGCAGGGGCAUUCUUGAGGGAAUUCUCAGCAGGUCUGGCAGAGACAUGCUCAUCCGCUCUAAUAGUGACCUGGGUAGGGAGGAUGCCGAAACCGUCCUGGAGAGAAGCUUGGAGCAUUUACACCAUGCCAUGUCACAGAUCGUAUUUUGGACCACCACAGGCUUCCAGAUGACAAGCACCACCUUUUCCGUCGUGUCGGAAGUAUCACAGCUACUUCUUUCAUCUCUCGACCAGUUCUUCGGCUCUACCGACUCAUCACGUGCUAUCGCUAGUAUCAUUACUCUCAUCCGUCGCGAAUUUCAGAACCCGGCAACCGGGGUAGAGGGCGAGCGUGUGGGCGUUGUUGACCUUGUGAUGGGCUUGUGCGCUUUGGCGUACCUGCAACGCAAAUGUCGGCGCUUCCUUGACGAAGAAAGUCGGCGGCUGGGUCAUGAUGAAAUUGUUUGGGACGUUGUUGUUCUCAACGACGGAGAACGAGUCGAUGUCCAUGAGAACAGUCUUUACGGAGUGCACAAGGGCCGCUACAAAAGCAAGGGUCCCGAUAUCUUGGUUUCCAUACCGGGCGAUCAACCAAGCCCUAGUAUCCUAGCUACCAUCGAACGCCAUGGAGAGCGAGAAACAAGCGAAGAAGACGACGACGACCUGCCCGAGAUCCGUCUGAAAAACCAGAUUAUGCGAUCUAUGCCCUCGGACACAAGCGUUUCUAUAUCAACAACUACCUUGACAAGAAAGAUGAUCACUGUGGAUUUCACUGGCCCUGAGCCACCAACCUUGACACCGCCUCCCGGUGUAGAGGUCGUCGAACGAGAAGUUCUGCCAUCGGCAGAGUACCCAAAAGAGCAGCUGACACGGCAACUACCAGUUGCCGAUGUUCCGACAUAUCGGGUUGUGUAUAGGGUAGACAAGAGCAAACAGCGGACAGCGACAUUCCGAGGUUAUGAUGAGUCAGAAGAGACAUCUGGAAAGGUGGAAUCCAUGGAUGAUACUGAAGACUCUGAUGGCCACGGCCGAGACAGCGACAAUGACGACCCACCCCCCGUUCCCCCUAAAGCUACGCUACCGGCUGCCUCGACAAAUUCUUCGCGGGCAGAGACAGAAUCCAUUUCGACCCCUCGGGCAAAACUUGGCCCCAGGCUUCCGUCAACCUCUCCUAACAGCAGGGCUUCUCAAAUCCCAACGCCUAAACAGAAUCCGGAAAAUGCGCCUAAUCAAAAGAGGCAGCGAGCGCCACUUGCCCCGUUGCCAGCGAGAGCACGUCAUGAAAACGCUGUACCAUCGCAUUCUGAUACCACCAAAGCGAAGAGGACUAUAGGCGAACCGUUGUCAACAGGCAAGUCAUCAGAAAAGCCUACCGAGAAGAAAGGUGGUAUCCGACAGGCUCUGAAAAGAGGUACCAGUUCGAACAUCUCCAACCUGUUCCACCGAGAUGGAACACGCACUCCGAGUUCGCAACCCACUGGGAAAGCCAAGCAGACACCUCGAGCUGGACCCGUGGACAGGACUACGCGCACUGCCGCUCAAACUAAUCGACCUUCCCAAACUCGGGCCAUGGGACCGACUGCUGCUUCCAGCUCCCGAGGCCGUAAUUACGAGAACCCUUCGCCAGUGCCUCGCAGCUCCUCUCGAGCUAGUUACAUCUCUGUCCAUGAGCGUCGGCGAGAUUCGAUUGUUUCACAGACCGAUACUUACUCUUUCCAUACUUUUGAAGGGCUUCGGCCACAGUCGCCAGGAUUUGGUCGUCGAGAUGGUAUGGGUCAGUCUAGUAUUCCCAAGUCGCGGUCGGAGAAGGACAUCAGCGACCAGAAACCAUCGUCGCCCAUGAAAUCUCGCAGGGCACGGUCACACGCCAACACGCCAAGUCUCUAUAGCAUUGCGAACACAGGCUCUCAAACGUCGCUGGUUUUGUCGUCAUACUACCAGAAGAGUGCAUACACAGACUCUGAAGCCAUUGAUACCCUGAGGCGGGCAGGAACAGUAGAUGGCGUCUUCCCGGCCUUCCACCUGCUUCGUAACAUCACCCGAUAUAUGAGGUUUUCUUCGGCUUCCUAUGGUUCCAACUUUCUCAAGUUCAUGGGUAUUUCGAAGGAGAUGCCCCUGCUCAGGGCGCUAGACGAUACGCAUCAUGAAAUCCGAUCGUUUGCCCACCACACGGAAUCCGAGGCCGAGAGUAUCCUUCUUGCUUCAUUCGUUGACGCCCAGGGAGGAUCCGACACGACUGGUUCUACAGGAACCGGCGUUCCCCUGGUACAUUACAUCUCUCUGGAUCAUGAAUCAAAAGCUGUUGUGCUCGCAUGUCGCGGCACGCUAGGCUUCGAGGAUGUUUUGGCUGACAUGGCCUGCGACUAUGAUAACCUGUACUGGAGAGGCAAGUCAUACAAGGUCCACAAGGGUAUCCACGCGUCUGCCCGGCGUUUACUCUACGGCGGCGACGGCCGUGUUUUGUACACACUCAAAGAAGCUCUGGAUGAAUUUAGCGAUUAUGGACUGGUCCUCUGCGGACACUCUCUAGGGGGCGGCGUAACAGCCCUGCUGGGUACGAUGCUCGCGGAACCAUCGUCUACGGGUACAGGGUUUGUCACCACGUCUGAGCCGCAUCGCCGCCUCCUCGGAGACGGACGCUUCCUGGAGACGGCCACGACGCAUGUGUGCCUCCCAUCGGGCCGUCCCAUUCAUGUCUACGCCUACGGACCCCCGGGUACCAUGUCGCCUGCACUCCGCAAAGCUACCCGAGGCCUCGUCACGACCGUCGUCCACGGUUGCGACCUGGUCCCGUUCCUGUCCUUGGGCGUCCUGCAUGACUUUCAAGCUGUGGCGCUCGCCUUCAAGAGCGACAACCACGAGGCCAAGGUUGAGGCUUUUCAGUCAGGCCUCGCGGAGAAGUGGUACACGAGUAGCAGUCGCUCGAUGGUUGCCGACGAGGACAAGUGGAGCAUCUCGGCGUUGACAAUGUUGCGGUCGAACAUGAUGAGUCUCAAGCUUUUGCCCCCUGGAGAGGUUUUUAUCAUCGAGAGCCAGCGUGUCUUGAGACGCGACGCAUUUCUCUUGUCUGACGAAGAGUCUAUUGGACGACCUGCGCAGCGAAUCGUGUUGAAAUACGUGAGGGACGUUGAAUCCAGGUUUAGGGAGGUCCGCUUCGGCACGAGUAUGCUCAUCGACCAUAGCCCGGCGAAGUAUGAGGAUGCGCUGAAGAAGCUACGCUUUGGAGUUGUUGAGACGGGUUGA